AAGCAGCAAGACAGGUAUAAAGUAGUAUCGAGAGGAAAGGAAGCAUCACUUCCCGCGCUGCCAGUGCGUUCGCAGUGCAUUCGAAACCAAACUUGAACGGAAUAGACGGACGGCACAAAUGCAGUCGAAAAAAAAGAAGAAAAAAAAAGAAAACUGAGCGUCUGUGUGCUAAAGAAAAAGGGAAUGCGAUGCAAGCCAACCCGCAAGAAGCAACGACAAGCAUGAGAGGAGUCGAUCCCGUGACCCGGGGCGGUCAGCCUCCUACUCUCUAUCGGCACGUUGGGGGAAAAUGACAAUGGAGGUGCGGGAAGGACAUGGCGCCACCCCCAGGGCAUGCACGAGCCAUAAAGCACAUCAAGCAAACCCCCGAGACUUUAGCCUGCUAGGUCUGCCUGUACAUCACGACUUUGAUCAACGUCGAUGCAAGGCCCUCACGGUUUGCGAAUCUUUAGUUUGUCUUCCCUGGCCCUCUGCACAAUGUGGAGCGCGCAGUGCAGGGCCUUUUGCAUAUCUUCUGCGAACGAGGGGAGUACGGGAAGCGGGGAGUCUGGAGUGCGGGGAUCUCCAGCAAGCCCAAUAUUCGGUCAAGUCUGCUACUAUUACUUCGCGCCUAUUCUCAACUACGUCAGUGUUUAA